AUGGCUGCCACCCGGGCGUUUGCCCCGGCCCAGCUGACGUACUGGUCUAACAACGUCCAGGGACUCAACUCCCCAGAAAAACGGGCCCACUUGCACCGUCGACUGUGGAGCGCUAAAGCCUCCGUCGUUUUCCUGCAAGAAACCCAUCUCAAAGGUGGAGACGCACCUAAACUAGAAAACCGGCGCUUCCCUUUGGGUUUCUACGCUAACCACCCCGACACCAAAAAAGCCGGAGUUGCCAUUCUGUUCGCUCACUCGGUGCCAUUCCAGACUACACAAACUCUAGCGGACCCGAACGGGAGGUACCUCUUCCUGAGAGGCACCAUCGCAGACCAUGAAUACACCUUCGCAUGCUUAUACGGACCAAACAGAAAGCAACAUACGUUCAUACGCCAGGCGCUGGCCAAACUGGAGAAGUUCAGAGGGGGCCUGCUGAUCGUAGCAGGAGAUCUAAACAUGCCGUUGGACCCCAUACGUGACACCUCGAGGGGCCAAAGCGCGAUCCCCACACACUGCCUGAAAGCCACGCAACGAUGGGGCUAG